AUGUCGUCUUUGGGAGCAGCCGCUGCUCGAGCAGUAUCUCGCGCAGCUACCUCUUCUACUCGUCCUCGAUUGUCCCAAGCAUCUCGCCUGACUAAAUCCUCCUACAUCCCUCUGGCCGCACAUCGUGCCUCUUCACGACGGCCAUAUUCUUCCCCAUCCGAGCAGCCGUCCACAAGAUCGACUGUCGUACAGCUUUUGAGCAACAUCGGAUCCAAGAGAGAGGUCCAACAAUAUCUAUCUCACUUUAGCUCCGUCUCCUCCCAGCAGUUUGCCGUUAUCAAGGUCGGUGGGGCCAUCUUGACAGAACAUCUUCAGACCUUGUCAUCAGCUCUAGCUUUCCUCAACCAUGUCGGUCUAUAUCCUGUCGUUGUUCACGGCGCAGGACCCCAGCUCAAUAAGAUCCUGGAGGACUCGGGCGUUGAGCCUCAGUUCGAGGACGGUAUUAGGGUCACUGACCCCAAGACUUUGGGCAUUGCCAGAGCUUUGUUCUUGGAGGAAAACAUGCGAUUGGUAGACGAGCUUGAACGUCUCGGUAUCAGAGCUCGACCUAUCACUUCCGGAGUCUUUGGAGCCGAUUUCCUCGAUAAGGAGAAAUACAACUUGGUCGGAAAGAUCAACCGGGUAGACAAGCGCCCUAUUGAGGCUGCCAUCAAAGCAGGAUGCUUGCCCAUCCUCACCUCAAUGGCCGAAUCUCCCGAAGGCCAGGUCUUGAACGUCAAUGCUGAUGUGGCGGCUGGUGAGCUCGCCCGUGCUUUGGAGCCUCUCAAAAUUGUCUACCUCUCUGAGAAAGGUGGACUCUUCAACGGAGACACCAAAGAAAAGAUCUCAGCCAUCAAUCUUGACGAAGAGUACGAUCACCUCAUGUCACAAUGGUGGGUUCGUCACGGUACCAGACUCAAGAUCAAGGAAAUGAAGGAACUUUUGACCGAUCUGCCACGAACAUCCAGCGUCGCCAUCAUCCACCCAGCAGACCUGCAAAGAGAGUUAUUCACUGAUUCAGGCGCGGGCACCCUGAUUCGACGUGGAAACAAAGUCCAUGUCAAAACUUCCAUUGACGAAUUCAACGAUCUCGAGCGACUAAAGGAGGUCUUGAUUCGUGAUCGAGAAGGCCUAGACGCGAAAGCCGUUGUUGACCGUUAUGUCAAGACAUUGCAGUCUCGAGACUUCCAUGCGUACUUUGACGAGCCUAUGGACGCCUUUGGUCUGGUUCUCCCACCAUCAGGCGACACUUCCCUGGCUCACCUGGCUACCCUGACAAUUACCAAGAAUGGCUGGCUCACCAAUGUGGCGGACAAUAUUUUCGCUGCAAUCAAGAAAGACUUCCCCAAACUGAUGUGGACGGUCAAAGAGGAUGAUGAGAAUUUGACCUGGUUCUUCGACAAAGCUGAUGGAAGUCUUUCCAAGGAUGGUGAAGUCCUCUUUUGGUAUGGACUUGAAUCAAGUGACGAGGUCAAGGACUUGAUGGUCGAGUUCACCAAACACGGCCGACAAAUGUUUGGCGACUUCAAUUUGGAAUCCAAAUUGCAGCGCGCAGCAAGAGCCGCGUCCAACUUGGCGAGUGCAGCAGCUAAAUCCGCCGGCUUGACACAAAAGCGAUCCUAUUCAACCAAUGCCAACCCUCUGAGGACAGUCAGACAGGCAUUGCAUGUCGUAAAGCCUGCCAUCUCAAUCCGCACCUAUGCAAGCACAACAAAUCCCAACCCUCCUCUCGGCUCGAAGAAUAGCUCAAACAGCAAGCCUUCCAGGAUUGCUUUGAUCGGUGCUCGAGGCUACACCGGUAAAGCGCUUGUGGAUCUUAUCAAUCGUCAUCCCAGUAUGGACCUGCGCCAUGUCUCUUCUCGGGAACUUGCUGGCCAGAAACUAGCAGGGUACGACAAGCGUGAAAUCAUCUACGAAAACCUGAGCGUCGAAGAUGUACGAAACAUGGAGGAGAAUGGCGAUGUUGACUGCUGGGUCAUGGCACUACCCAAUGGUGUCUGCAAGCCUUUCGUUGAUGCAAUUGAUCAAGUUGGCAAGAACAGUGUCAUCGUUGAUCUUAGCGCCGACUACAGAUUCGAUCCUGCUUGGACAUAUGGCCUUCCCGAACUCGUCGAUCGUUCCCAAAUCGCAAGAGCUACCAGAAUCUCCAACCCUGGAUGUUAUGCAACGGCUGCACAGAUUGGUAUCGCACCUCUAGUUCCCUAUCUCGGCGGACAGCCUACCGUUUUCGGUGUGUCAGGCUACUCUGGGGCAGGAACCAAGCCCAGCCCCAAGAACGACGUGCAAAACUUGACCGACAACCUCAUCCCGUACAGUUUGACCGACCACAUCCACGAACGAGAGAUCUCCACACAGCUCGGCACACCAGUUGCUUUCAUCCCUCACGUUGCUGUGUGGUUCCAGGGAAUUGCCCACACCAUCAACAUUCCUCUUAAGGAAGAAAUGAACUCUCGUGAUAUCCGGAAUCUCUACCAAGAUCGAUAUGCGGGUGAAAAGCUUCUGAAGGUCAUUGGCGAAGCUCCGCUGGUCAAGAACAUCGCCCACCGCCACGGAGUGGAAGUCGGCGGAUUCGCCGUUCACUCUAGCGGCAAGAGAGUCGUCAUCUGUGCGACGAUCGACAAUUUAUUGAAAGGUGCCGCCACUCAGUGUCUCCAGAACAUGAACCUUGCACUUGGCUACGGAGAAUAUGAGGGUAUUCCAUCAGACAUUCACCAUCAAUGCUUGCACCUCGAUGACCCAACAUUCGUGCUAACGAACUUGGUUCCUCUAGUCCUGACGAACCGCAGACAUGGCGUCGCAACAAUCUGGCUUGUGGCAACACUAGGCUGCAAGUCUCGCCUCAGGAAAAUCACUCGCCGCGCCAUUCUCGAAGUGGACUUGCCAAAGGCUUGCGAGACCAUCACUGAGCCAGAAGCACCGUUGGCGCUGAGGCUGCAAGGCAGUUUGCUAUAUGGAUUGUCUCGAGUAUAUUCUCAGCAAUGUGGGUAUAUGCUAGCAGAUGCUAUCAACUUGAGAGAUAGCAUGCGAAGACCAAUCUUGUUGGCAAAGAGUCUCAACCUAGACCAAGAGAUCAGCAGUGCAAGAGCUGAACAGCUCAAUCUGGAGAUUAAUCCCACAUUCAUUCCAGAUCUGGAUCUCACCUUUGAUCUGUCAGCCUUCAAUACAUCCUCCGACGAAUCCAAUUCGAACAGUUAUGUUUCGUCGCACACCCCUGCGUCCAGCCAAUCAAGUCUGCAUUCAGGCCAAGAAGAGGAUACAGGUCUCGCACUCCCUUUAUAUAACACACCGCAGGCUAUCCCCCAGGGCCCUGGUCUCUACAUUGAUCUCAGCAGCAUAUCCAACGUAGAGGCCGGGGCGACAAUGGGAUAUAGCUCGUUGAUGGACGAUAGCCCGGUCAUUGACGACGGAUACCCGUUUGAUGUUGAUGAGGCUGGAAACAUUCAUCCUGUCGAUGCUGGUGAUGAUCCCUUUAUGAGCCUAGGAGAAAACGCACCAACUUCGCAACCCGACAUCCAUCGUGAUAUAGUAUCCGAUGAGCAACUCCAAGUUGGCUUUCUUCUGAACGAGGAGACUCAGAUGAUGGUUGAUGUUGCGGAACAGCCGAGCUCGCAGCCUGCCGAGACUCUAGCUAGUCACCAACACAUCACUGCAGAUUCAAGCCAACCUGAAAUGACAGGGCAUUCAGCCUUUUCCUCCUGCUUACCAGAAACCUCCUCAGAGUCCGUGGAGAUGCCGCAGCGUCGUGUACGCGUCGUCAAGGCGUUGCAAAGUGAUCAGUAUACUGAGCUUCCAAAUACAGACAUCAACGAGUGGAAUCGGAACUAUCUGUCAAAUAUGGCAGCAGCUGUACGGGCCAGGCAACAGAACUCUCGAGCAGACGCGAAGAGGUAUGCCGCAGGAUGGAUGUUGGAUCAAGGUUUCGGACGUGUUGCUUCCACCUUUGCCAACGACUGUGUCGAGCAUCCAUUUGCCAUCUUCAGCGGCCAAGCGUUGUGGGACAUGUUGGUCAACUGUGAUACACCCGUCAAACGGACGAAUCGUGCUGCGUUUGAUGAGGAGCAGGCCAAAGACGAAGGGAGACGUGUGAGGGCAAGAAACUCGACAUCACCGAUUGCCCAUAGGGUGGAUCAGGAGGGUAUGGAGAUCUUGGACGACGGAGGCAUCGUUAUACAAGAGGAGGAUGUGAACAUCGAAGGAGAAGUCGGCCGCCAUGCGCCACCGGCCUUGCAGGAUCGUUACAGUAACAUGCCCUGGAACAGUCUGCCGUCAUCUCUUCAAAACUCUGCCCAACCUCAUGGAAGUGGUCUGCUAGGAUUAAGUUCAUCCGCCGGUGGUUUAAUAGGAAGUCGGGAGUUGCAGCCUCCCCGUUCCUUGGGGCGAAUCAUCCGCCGCUUGACCUCUGCAAGCCCCUUGCACGGCAAAGGAGGACUUUCUCGACUUCCAAGUUUAGGUUCACAGGACUUGUCAAGGCUAGCCAGCAAUGAGGACGAUUAUGCAGAUCUCGACAGGCAGCUUGGCUGGGACCACGAUGCCGGCUUUGAAUUGUUUGGGCCGUCCACAGCCGCUGAUACUCAAACAACCAGUCAGGGCCAAUGGGUCGCGGCAGCUCUGGAGACCGAUGAAGCAUUGAGGUUUUUCGAAUUUGUGACGACAAGGAUUCAGGAGCAACUCGACCACACGGGUCUUCAGGGCGAAGGUGUGGGGCCAGAUGAGGAAGUCGAAGGAGAAGAAGAUACGAUACUACAACCCGGGACAAAAUCGCUGGAAGACAGCAUCACUUUCUCUCGGCUUCUCGAUCCUAAACACAACACAAAGGUGGCCGGUGCCCAAGGUCUGCUCCAUGUACUUGCCUUAGUCACCAAGAGCAUGCUUGCAGUAUAUCAGGGACAGGCUUUCGGGGAGAUUGAAAUUGCCCUUGUGCCAGCUAGAGAUUAA